AUCACCACUGCUGCUAAUCGAACAUGACGUAUCACAACACUACAGAGAUCGAGGCAUGUCCUGAGAGUCACAUAGAACAGGGGUGCCCAAUACAUCGAUCGCAAUCUACCAGUCGAUCGCAAAGGCAAUGCUGGUUCGCGACUUCCAAGGGCUUCUGAGAACAGAGUGCGAAAAAGCUAGCAGUUUUUGAGACUAGCUACCAGCAGCUACUGCCUGGAUUAUGCAAAACUUUCUGAUUCCAUUCGGUGCAAGUCAUCAGAAUAAGAAUUAAAACUGAAGAUGGAGAUUGUUAAAGAGGAGAGUGAAGACAUCAGUAUUUCAGAACCAUUCAGACCAAAGAAUGAAGAUACUGAGGAACAAAGAGAUCUGAUGAAGCUGAAAGAGGAAACUCAAGAAAUGAUUGAAGGAGAGGAGAAACAUCAGGAUCAGAAACCUGAUCAUUUUGUUAGUGCAGAAUUGCCUGACAGUUGCUCACAGACUAAAAAUAAAUUCUCAACAAGAAAAACUCAAAGAACAAAAUCAAAAAAUGAUUCUUUCACCUGCCCUCAGUGUGGAAAGAGUUUCACACAUAAAGGAAGCUUUAAUAUCCACAUAAGAAUUCACUCUGGAGAAAAGCCUUUCAGAUGUCAACAGUGUGGCAAGAGUUUUGCACAAAAAGGAAACCUUGAGUUACACACAAGAAUUCACACAGGAGAGAAGCCUUUUACAUGCAUCCAAUGUGGCAAGAGUUUCACACAAAAAGGAAGCCUUAAUGCCCACAAAAGAAUUCACUCUGGAGAGAAACCUUUUACAUGCCCCCAGUGUGAUAAAUGUUUUGCACAUAUAGGAAGUCUGAAUGAUCACAUGAGAAUUCACACCGGAGAGACCCCAUACACAUGCCUUCAGUGUGGAAAGAGUUUCACACAAAAAGGAAACCUUAAUUUCCAUAUAAAAAUUCACUCAGAAGAGAAGCCUUUUACAUGUCAUCAGUGUGAAAAGAAAUUCAGACAUAAAACAAGCCUCAAAGUUCACAUGAGAAUUCACACUGGUGAGGCGCUUUUCACAUGCCUUCAGUGUGGAAAGAGUUUCAAACAUGAAACAACCCGCAAAAUUCACAUGAGAACUCAUUCUGGGGAGCGGCCUUUCACAUGCCUUCAGUGUGGAAAGAGUUUCAAACAGAAAACAAGCCUCAAAAUUCACAUAAGAAUUCACACUGGUGAGGCACUUUUUACAUGCCUUCAGUGUGGAAAGUGUUUCAAACAUAAAACAAGCCUCACAAUUCACAUGAGAAUUCACACUGGAGAGAAGCCUUUCAUAUGCCUUCAGUGUGGGAAGAGUUUCACAAGUAAAUCAAACCUGAGAGCUCAUUUGAAAUGUCAUUCAGGAGAGAAAUUACAUCACUGUCCUCAGUGUGGCAAGAAGUUUUCAGAAUUGGCUUAUUUUAAACAACACCAGUUAACGCAUACUGGUGUGAAAUCUCACGUGUGCUCAGAGUGCGGAAAAGCCUUUGUCCGAAUCAGCACCUUGAAACAGCACCAAAGAGUUCAUGUGGGAGAAAAACCUUACAAGUGUUCACACUGUGAAAGCACUUUUGCUUGUCCAAAACACCUGAAAACACACGAGAAAGUGCAUACUGGAGAGAAGAAAAUUGACUGCUCUGAAUGUGGAAAGACUUUCAGCUCAUCAAGUACUCUACAGAGACAUUUAAAGAAGAAUUGCCCAAAGGUCUCAAAGUGAGCCAACUUUAUCUUGAGAAACCUCUCUUGCAUUUCAAACAGGAUAAAUCUGCCUCCGAAGGGGACUUCAAAGGGACAGCAAUCAUGACUUCCAUGUUGAAGUGUCGUUCCAAAUUGAGUGCCUUAAAAAUUUACAUUUCCAUAGGAUUCAACUGAUGGACACUUCGCUGCCAAGCAUACCGGAACCGGACCAUACAUCAUAAUCUGCCGGUGUGCCAAGUGUAAUAUAAAUUAAACCAGCUGCAACUGCAAACACACACUGGUUCUAUAUACCAAAACAUGUGACACAGACAAGCUUUUAUACCACGGGUCUGUUAAAUGCUUGAUUCUGAUUGGUUGACAGACAUUCUAAGGUGUGCAAUUAUUUUCCAGUAAAUUACCACUUACCACUAAUGGUACCACAAUUACCAUUACCACCUCAGUAAACUUAUCACCCUCGAGCUCUAGACUGGUUACCCAUUGAAGCUAAGCUGGGUUGAGUUUGGAUAAUACCUGGAUGGGAGACCUUCUGGGGAAAACUAAGGUUGCUGCUGUAUAACACCCCAGUAUAGUGAUGGAGACACUAUACUGUAAAAAGGCACUGUCCUUUGGAUGAGACAUUAAACUAAGGUCCUGACUCUCUGUGGUCACUGAUUAGGGGUGUAACCCUGGUGUCUUGGCCAAAUUCCACCCAUUGGCCCUUAUCUGUCAUGGCCUCCUAAUUAUCCCCAUCCCUGAAUUUGCUAUAUAACUGCACUUUUUCCUCUCCACCAACUGCUGGUGUGUGGUGAGUGUACUGGUGCACUAUGGCUGCUGUUGCAUCAUCCAGGUGGAUGCUGCACACUGGUGGUGAGUGAGGAGAGUCCCCUGUUCAGUUUGAAAAGUGCUUUAUUAAUAUAACAUUCAUUCAUUCAAUAAUUAAAAUGUCCACUGUCAGUUAUUCCUUACUCAACUAUUGUAAUGGAUAUUUAAAAUAAGGAAUAAUUGAUGAUGGACUGUUAAAUUAUUGAAAACUAACGCUUUCCCAGAGGUGGUAAUAUGGCUAAAAGAGAGACGGAAUUAUUUUUCAAUAAUUCAGAGGGCCAAUGCCAAUUAUUCUGCUUAUACCACAGUUAUCAGAUCUUAAGACAUCGUUCAGGGUUUUAUCUCAAGACUUCAAUUUUAAUUAAUAUGGGGGAACAAAAAACAGUUGAAGAGCUUGCAUGGCAAUUGUGGAAAACGAGUGAGCGCAGUGUUAAAUGAACUGCUUUCUUCCACCACGGAUUCAGUGUCUUGCUUUGGUACAGCCCAAGCCAUCAUUGCUAGUUCAAAAACGUCACUUUAGAACUAGUAAUGGAGGCGUACACUGCUUUUAAUUAAAAUUAUUUGUGAUACGGAACCGCUAUGCAGUCAAGACCUGGAACUACUUCACAGCA